AUGUCUAAGUUAAUAAUUUGGGAUAAAGCACCAAUGAUAAAUCGUUGUAUUGUUAAAGCUGUGGAUAAAAUGUUAAGAGAUAUUACUGAUUCUGAUUUACAUUUCAGUGGGAAAGUAGUAGUUCUUAGAGGAGAUUUUAGACAAGUUUUACCAGUAGUGCCAAGAAGGAAAAAAGAAGACAUAAUGAAAGCUAGCUUAGUUUUUCCUUACCUAUGGCCUUUAUUUGUACAUCUACCAUUAGUUGAAAAUAUGAGGGCGAAAUUUGAUCCUGCUUUUUAUGAUUAUUUAUUGAGAGUUGGAAAUGGAACAGAGGAAGAACAUAAGCAAAUUCCUAGUCAAGUCUAUAUGUACUAUAGCUUUGAUGAAGCAAUUGACAAAUCUGAACAAAGCUUACAGGAAGAUUUUCUAAACAAUUUAACUUCAAACGGUAUUCUGUCUCAUGAAUUGAACCUUAAAGUAAAUUGUCCUGUAAUGUUAUUACGAAAUAUCAAUCCAUCUAAAGGGCUUUGCAACAGAACACGUCUUACUUGUCGAAAAUUUGAGAAAAAUGUAAUUCUUGCUAAAAUUAUAUCUGAGAAUCCUAUUUUGGUUGGAUAUAGUUUUAAAGAGCAAAAUGAUAAAAAUCUGUUUGUUACAACUGAUAUAGAAGCUGCAAGUAAAAAUUUAUCAAAUUUGUGA